CACGCAGCCGAGCUAUGGCGGCAGCUCCUCACGUGCCGGCAGCGGUGGAACCUCUACCUACAUCUAACGUGGCUCCUCCGGGGACACUGAACCUCAACAAUGAGGUCGUGAAGAUGAGAAAAGAAGUGAAGAGAAUCCGAGUGUUGGUUAUCCGGAAACUUGUUAGGAGUGUUGCCAGACUGAAGUCAAAAAAGGGUUCUGAAGAUGCCCUAUUAAAAAACCAAAGACGGGCUCAGAGAUUACAUGAAGAAAUCCAUGCCAUGAAGGAAUUGAAGCCUGAUAUGGUAACUAGAUCUGCGCUUGGUGAUGAUAUCAACUUUGAAAAAAUCUGCAAAAAGCCUGAUUCUACUGCAACGGAAAGAGCAAUUGCCAGAUUAGCAGUGCACCCUCUUCUGAAGAAAAAAAUAGAUGUGCUAAAAGCUGCUGUAAAAGCCUUUAAAGAUGCAAGACAUAAUGAAGUCAAAUCAUCAAAGAAUGCAUCAGAAGAGAAUCAUUCCAAGGACACUUUGUGUUCAGAUAAUGCCAGUAAGUUACAGCAUGAAGGAACUAUUACCAGUGAGCAAAAGGAGAAAGAAGCCAAAAUUCUGGCAAAGAAACCAUUAAAUAAUUCAAAAGAAAAAAUAGUAGCCAAGAUAAAACAGGGACCCAAAGCAAUAGACAUGCCAAAAUCACCAUCAAAUCCAUCUGUAAAGAAUUCCGCAGUUCCCUCAGGACACCCAAAGAUAACUGCAAACCCCAAAAUGAAAACAUUAAGUCAAACCCCGAAAAAGAAUGAGUCUGAUAGCUCACUCGAUGGUGACAGUGAUGGAGAAGAAUUAGAUGAAGAAGAGAAAGAAUAUUUUGAUGAUAGCACAGAAGAAAGGUUUUAUAAACAGUCUUCCAUGUCUGAGGAUAGUGAUUCUGGUGAUGACUUCUUCAUUGGGAAAGUCAGGCGGACAAGAAAGAAAGAAAGUAAUUCUCAGUCAUCUGUCAAGGAGCCAAAAACGCACCCCAAUUUAUUACCUGAAGAAAAUAUACUUGGUACCCAUCAGGAUUUUAGAAAUGACUUAAACAAGUCAAAUACAGAAGUAAGGAAGUUCGAAUCAGUGUUUUUCCAUUCUUUAUCUGGAACUGAAAACUCUCGAAGAAAUCACAGAGAACAGGCUCCCAAAAGCACAGCCCCAGAUUUUCAGCAGAAUGAAACUCAGAUCAAGAAUCAAGUUAGUAAGAAUGUACAAAGAGGAUUUAAAAACAUGAAACAGCAAUCACAACUGCCUCUUCAUCCUUCCUGGGAAGCAAGCAGGAAAAGAAAAGAACAACAGUCAAAAAUUGCUGUGUUUCAGGGGAAAAAAAUUACAUUUGAUGACUGAUUAAUCAUUUUGUGAACUUCUCUGUCAAAAAUUUAAUUUUUCUACUGACCA